AUCAGUCGCAAUUGGACUUUUCAUGGGCAUACAACUGGUGGCGCGUUCGUUUCUUGUUUUUUUUUAUGUUCACGUUUAUUUAAUAUUCAUUCUGCGUUUGAGAAUAAAAAAAACGCAGUUUGCGGCAUUGUUUUGUAAACAAAAGUGGGAAUUAAAUUACAAACUCCAAAGCUAUGGAAGCUUCGUUUUGUGAAUAAAAAAUCAAUAAACAACAAAUAAAUUAAAAAAAUAAAAACAGUGCAAAAAAGUAUGUUUAUAAACAAAACCAACUAUUUUUUGUAAACCCCGUCAAUUGAAAUCAAGUUCAUUGGAAAAAUAAUUAUCCCCCUCCAAAAGAAAAAAAAAUCCAAACAAUGCAAAGCGAGAAAAAUUGUGCUAAAAUUUAAUUCAACAGAGCUGUGAGAACAAAAAGCGAGAAUAAAACACAAAGCUUCAAAUUCAGAAUUAAUUAAAUUUCCGUUCAGUGUUCGUGUGUGUGCUUCUGUUCUAGAUCGGCGGAUUACAAGCGAUCAUUGUGUAAAAAAUAAAAAAAGAAUUACCUCCAAACACCAGAACGCUGAACAAGUUCUCCACCAAUGAUGUUCAUUAAAGUAUGAGCUCUAUUUUACUGUCAUUGCCGCAACGUUACAAACGACAAUUACAAGCAAUGACUUUAGGCGUUAUCAUCAUUUACACCACUUUGGUGUUCUACCAAAGUUCAUAUGGAUAUCCUAAUAUUGAUAUUUCUCAGAAUCCCGCAGCACAAAAAUAUCACAAUCAAAAAAUCAGCGAAGUUCAAACACAUCAUAUGAAACUAUUACAAUAUGAAAGCUCAAGUACAAAUACACCCGCGGUGGCGGCGCCAACUGCAAAUCCAACCUCCAAGCCACAACAUACACAGUCAGAGUCACAGUCAAUGCGGGCUGCAAUGGAGGUGCUAUCGAACCCCGUCCACUCCUCAGUUAUGCAGCCAACAACGGUGAUAAUACGCAAAGAUUUUCAUAGUUUUAAUUUUUCCGAUAUUGAAUUGCCGGUGGAAAGGCCGACAGCAUCGGUCCACUACAUGCGAAAUAAACAUUUGUUGCAUGACCUGUCACAGCGUUCGGUGACGGGUACACCAAAGCCACCCACCACCGAAUUGGAUGAUAUCUUCAUUAGUGUGAAGACCACAAAAAGCUAUCACGACAGUCGUUUGGCCAUGAUUGUCAAAACAUGGUUCCAAUUGGCCAAGGAUCAGACGUGGUUCUUUACAGACACCGAUGAUCCGUACUAUCAGGAAAAGACAAAUGGUCAUUUAAUAAACACCAAAUGUUCUCAGGGUCAUUUCCGCAAAGCUCUGUGUUGCAAAAUGUCUGCCGAGCUGGAUGUUUUCCUGGAAAGUGGCAAAAAAUGGUUCUGUCACUUUGACGAUGACAACUAUGUAAAUAUUCCCCGUUUGGUCAAACUGCUGGAUGAAUACAGUCCCACUGUUGAUUGGUAUUUGGGCAAGCCAAGUAUUUCAUCGCCCUUGGAGAUACAUCUGGAUAGUAAAAACACGACGUUGAAUAAAAAGAUUACAUUUUGGUUUGCAACAGGUGGUGCUGGUUUCUGUUUGAGUCGAGCCUUAACAUUGAAAAUGUUGCCCAUAGCAGGUGGUGGCAAGUUCAUAAGUAUUGGAGAUAAAAUACGAUUUCCUGAUGAUGUUACCAUGGGUUUUAUUAUCGAACAUUUACUCAAGGUGCCCCUUACAGUGGUGGACAAUUUCCAUUCACAUUUGGAACCCAUGGAAUUUAUACGACCCGAUACCUAUCAGGAUCAAGUAUCCUUUAGCUAUGCCCUAAUGAAAAAUCAAUGGAAUGUCGUGAAAGUCGAUGGUUUCGAUACCAAAACCGAUCCGCGUCGUUUCUAUUCGCUGCACUGUAAACUGUUUCCCUACUUCAGUUAUUGUCCCCACAGAUGAUUGGAUCUUUAGAAUAAGAAAAAAAAAAUUGUGUACUAUUUAGAGCAGGUGUGAAUUGAAUUGAAACUUUUUUUGUAUGUUAUUUGUUGAAGAAGGUAACUUUUUGUUAAAAAAAAUCUGUGAUUUAGUUUAUUAAUGCCGCAAAGAAAAACGAAAAAAAUCAAAUUGUAAUAAAUUGUGCUUCCCGUUAAUUUAUUAUAUAAAUAUUAAUUUUUAAUAUAAUCUAUAAGUUGUUAAUUUUAAUAUGUAUGAAUGGAAUUGAUAUAGCGAUAAUUAAUGUAAUAUGUAU